AUGUACUCAGCUUAUCUCGCUCCUGUGGGCGUAUUCACCUUCCUCACUUUGACCCAGCAAGUAGUCGCGGACAACCUUUUCUCGGGAUGCUACAAGAAUGACGGUAGCACUUUCACAGUUCAGCAGGAGGACGCACCUAGCAGCUCGUUAGAAUGCUCAACAUUUUGCGGAAACGAUGGAUACGCCUAUUCAGCUUGGAAGGACGAUGAAUUCCUAUGUUACUGCUCCAACAAUUAUCCACAAGAAUAUUACUUGUUGUCAGGGAGCGAUGCAGCUUGUGAAUCGCCCAGUGAUCUGAAUGUCAGAGUCACCCAAACAUCUUUUAUGAGUACAGGAUGCGUCGAUAGUGUCACAUAUGCAGAGGAUGGGUGGAAUGACUUUCUCGUGCUCAACCCUGAAGAUUGCUUUAGGAACUGUAAUGGUGCUUAUGGAGCUACGUACAUUGCGAAUUCCCAAAAUGGACAUUAUACCUGUCAUUGUCACUAUUUCUUAUUCUAUCAUUCGCAGGCGGCUCAAGCUUCAGGCUUGACUCGAAGGAGAGCACGUGAUCUCAGAGAGCUUCAGGCUAGGAGAUUCAAGCGGGAGAUAGAGUAUUGUCCAUAUGGCCUGACAGCGUGCAACGUGGAUGGACAUUCGGGCAACUAUGAGUGCCUCGAUACCAAUACCGAGCUCCAGUCCUGCGGUGGGUGUUUUUACGGCCAAUAUAGUAACCACACUUCGGUGGUUGGUGAAGACUGUACCACCACUGGAGCUGCUCUGGGAGCAUCGUCAUGCAUCCAUGGGAAAUGUGUAGCAUCAGCAUGCAAGAAAGGGCUGGCUCUGGUAGGCGGUAAAUGUCAAAAGAAGUAG